AUGAUAGAGGCUAAGCAGCAAUGCUUGUGGAGCUCUUCAGAGAGAAAAUGCUUAUACCUCCUCCAACAAAGAAGCACCUUAGCUUCUAUCCUCCAGAUCCAUGCUUUUAUGCUCCGCAACGCUCUUGAAGCCAACGUUAAUCUCCUCACGAAGUUCAUCGCAACCUGCGGUUCCCUUGCUCUCUUCGCCUCGGGAAACCCACUUGCUGGCAUCCAUCACGCUCGUCGGGUGUUCGAUCAUCGGCCCAACAGGGACGACGCGUUCCUCUGUAACUCCAUGAUCAAAGCCCAUGUGAGUAUGCGCCAGUUCGUUGAGUCUUUCACUCUUUAUAGAGAUCUUAGGAGGGACACGGAUUUUGUUCCCGAUUGUUACACCUUCACAAUCUUGGCUAAGUCUUGUGGUUUAAAUGUGGCCAUUUGGGAAGGUCAAGAGGUUCAUUGCAAUGUUGUUAAAAUUGGGUUUGGAUUAAGUUUGCAUGUAUCAACGGCUCUGGUUGAUAUGUAUGCGAAGAAUGGGAAGAUGGGCAGUGCAAGAACGUUGUUUGAUGAAAUGACGGAAAGAAGUGAAGUGUCGUGGACUGCUCUCAUUUGUGGGUAUGCGAGGUCUGGGGAUAUGAGUAAUGCAAGGUUACUCUUUGAUCGGAUGCCUGUGAAAGACUCGGCAGUGUUUAAUGCAAUGAUUGAUGGUUAUGUCAAAUUGGGAGAGAUGGGCUCAGCUCGGAAUUUGUUUGACGAGAUGCUGGAUAGGAAUGUAGUGUCCUGGACUAGUAUGAUUUUUGGGUAUUGCCGUAAUGGUGAUGUUGACUCUGCUAGGUUGCUAUUUGAUGCCAUGCCGGAGAAGAACUUAUUUUCAUGGAAUGCAAUGAUUGGUGGAUAUUGCCAAAACAAACAACCUUAUGAAGCAUUGAGAUUAUUUCAGGAAAUGCAGUCAACCACAUCAUUUGAACCAGAUGAGGUGACUAUCGUAAGCAUUCUUCCGGCUAUUGCUGAUUUGGGUGCUCUGGAUUUGGGCGGCUGGGCUCACCAGUUUAUCCGGGAGAGGAAGCUUGAUAGAGCAACAAAAGUCUGCACUGCGCUUGUCAAUAUGUAUGCAAAAUGCGGUGAAAUUACAAAAGCCAAAAGACUUUUCGACGAUAUGCCUAAAAAAGAAAUAGCUUCAUGGAAUGCUUUGAUAUAUGGGCUUGCAGUCAAUGGCUGUGCCAAGGAAGCAAUGGAGAUAUUCUCGGAGAUGCUGCGUGAAGGAUAUAAACCAAAUGAAAUAACCAUGCUUGGUGUUUUGUCUGCUUGUAACCAUAGUGGUCUAGUGGAGGAAGGGAAGAAGUGGUUUAAAACAAUGGAGGAAUUUAGGCUUACCCCAAAGAUUGAGCACUAUGGUUGUAUGGUAGAUCUUCUAGGGAGGGCUGGGUGCUUGGAGGAGGCAGAGAAGUUAAUUGAGAACAUGCCUUACAAGGUUAAUGGGAUAAUCUUGAGUUCUUUUCUUUUUGCUUGUGGAUGCUCCAAGGAUAUUAUGAGGGCUGAGAGAGUACUAAACAAGGCAGCCAAAAUGGAGCCAUGGAAUGACGGAAACUAUGUGUUGUUGAGAAAUUUGUAUGCCACAGAGGAAAGGUGGAGAGAUGUAGAGGAAAUUAAGGGGUUGAUGAGGAAGAAUGGAGCAAAUAAAGAGGUAGGCUGUAGCGUUAUUGAAGUUGAUGGUAGAGUCUGGGAAUUUGUGGCGGGGAAAAGAGUGUAUCCGCAGCUGGAGGCUAUGCAUAUGACAUUGGAGCACUUGGGGAAGCACAUGAAGGGACAGAUUAAUUUAAACUAGAGAGCGGCGAGCGUUGAAUUUCUUCCAUAAAAAAUGGGAGAAGCGCCUGUAAAUAUGAGCAAAAAACAACAGGAUAUGGUAACAAGUAUGAGGUUGCCGUGCCUAUGUUUUUAUGUAUGGGCCAAAUGCAAAGUUUUGCCACCGA